UUUUUGGAACAGAGUUGUGUUGCGUUAACUGACUCUAAUAACAUUAGAAGAAUUGAUACUAACGCGAGUAAUAAAUAAAGAGAAAUUCAACACGCUUAAUGUGCACGUUAAACAGAUCUUUCCAGUAUAUUAUUUGUUUCGUAACAGCCUCGUGUGUUGCAUGGUUACUAUGGUUACCAAGCGUAUUCAAAUACACAGCACUAGAGCAGCAGAGCAGCUUCGUUUUCUGAGCUCACUGUGAAAAUGUACAAAGUGGAUCUGCCCUUAGACCAGUCCAUGGACAUGGCUGUGGAGAGGCGGCGGUCUGCAGAGAAAGCCCGCAAGGCCCGGAUCUUCAACACCCGUCUCCGCGUGAUGGGCCUCGACCUUGAUGCUCUGAAUCAGCAAGCCCAAGAGAGAAAACAUCAGGAGCUCGCAGAGAGACAACGUGACAAUGCUUUGGAUAAGCUGAGACAAUAUCACGAUCAACUGCUGCUGCAGCAAGACAUUAAUGAAAAAGAGAAGCGAGCAGCCUUGCACACUGACUUGACCCAGUACUGGGCCACCCAUCAGCGUGCUGAUGACUCUCGUGAUGCUGAUCUUCAGGCUGACCUGAAGGGGGCAGUCACAGUCACAAUGCCAGAGGCUGAGCUAGGCCCUGCCAGUAUGCAAAUCUUCCAGGGGGAGGGAAUUGGAGCGGAACAGCUGAGAAGAGAACAAAUGACAAACACAGAACGAGAUCUGCGAGCACAGAAGGAGGACAAUGAGAGGAGGCUCAUGAGAAUCAAGCAUAGAGAGACGCUCCAGAGCAAAGAGCUGAUGCAUCAGGACCUAAUGGAUGUUCACCAAGCUGCACUGGAGGAGGAGUGUAAGAAAGCUGCACGCCUCGCCCUCGACAACUACAAUCAAGCUCUGGCUGCAGAGCGAGCAGAGAAAAUGAAGGAGCAGCACAGGAGGGAGUAUCGGGAAAACCUCGCAGAGGUGCAGCACACACUGACAUCCGACAUGAUGACGGAGUGUGCAGAGGCAGCGCAGAGAGCCGAGGGAGGAGGGAGGCCACCCUUGGUACUGGCUGACAGAUGGAAGGGCAUGCAACCAGAGCAGCUGAGCGCCAUUCGUAGGGAACAGGAAGCACAGCGCCUGGAGAGACAAAGACAACGUGAGGCUGAGAAGGUCCACGAUGCAGCUUGGAACCUGCAGCUUCUGAAGCAGUCAAGAAAAGCAGAGGAGGAGGAAAUGAGAGCAGCACAGCUGAGGAGGGAGAGGAGGAUGCAGCUGGACCACUGCAACAUGCACCUGGCCAGAGAGCAGCAGGCACAUCAGGAGUAUCUGAACAAGGAACUAUACACCAACAAACCUACCAAAGCCUACUUCCAUCAGUUCAACACUACAUCCCGCUGACUUUCUGUCAUGAUAUAUAUUAUUUUUAUGAAAUGCAGUGUGAAUCCUGAUUUUUAAUAAAUAACAUUAGGUAGAUAUUAAUGAAACAGAACGGACCCUGGCUUUGGUACAGAUUCUUCCACAUACUUUAUUUUUCAGUCAUAUAUCCAGUUACAGUGGUAGAUUCAUAAUGCAGUUACAGUUAUAUUGGCCCCAUAUGAUGGUUGGCACCAUUGGUACAUAUGGAUACCAACAGUGCAGCCCACACAUCUACACCUCGGUAGUAUCACAUCCUCCCUCCUCCCCUCUUUCCACCCCCGUUUUCUCAUGGCCCUCCUUUCCCACUCAGACAUUGUUAAAUUAAAACCUGUCUGGUUUUCUCUUUUUAUUCUGGGAUUUUAUCGUUUAACUAUAAAAAUGGGGGAAAGAACAGAGGUAAAGCAAAGGCCAGUGUCCCCCAGCGUCCCCCCUGACACAUGAAAAGCAAAGAGAAAGUGGCAGUCGAGUGAGUAUCUGUGUGUGUACACUCAUUCCUCAUCCAAAGCUAACAUUUGCCCUGAACACUGACAAACACAGAUGUUUAGCAGCAGAUAGUCAAGUUAGAAUAUUGGCAUAUUUUGUGUCAUUCAUUGCUCCAGUAUGAAAAUAGAUUUUUUCUAAAAGCUUUAUUUAUCCUGAGUGUGAUUGUAUAAUCGACCACAGGGAGCUUAUACACAC